CGACCUUACCCAAAAGCACACGCGUCAAAAAAAGAAGAAGAAGCUAGCUGCUCUAUCCGGAAUCCACGGAUGGCCGGCGCCCGGAGCUGCAGAUAAAUACGAUAUCGUAGGCAGAGAGAAAAGAGCACAAACACACCAUCGAUCCAAUCGGCCUGCUCUACUCUCACGGAUACAGUACACCACCUUGAAGUCUUAAGUUUUUUACUUACAGCACGAGCAAGUUAUGGCGUCGCUGUGGCAGAGGAAGAAAAAGACUACGGCGGCGAGGCCGGCGCGACGGAGGACGUCGUCGACGCCAUCCCUGGGCGCGCUGUGGCGGCGCGUGGCCGGGGGCAGGAGCAAGGGGAAGAAGACCAAGACGAAGAAGAGCAAGAGCGGUGGGACGCUGUCACGCGCGUUCCGGGUCUUCUCCUGCGUGCGCGCCGGCAAAGGCGGCGGCGGCGGCAGGACGGCCGCACGCACCGGGCGUCGCCGGUGAGCGAACGUUAUUUGGUUGUGAUCGGUGGAUCUCGUCGAUCCGUUGUCCAUCGUAGACUCGUAGCUGGGUGCAAGAUGAACUGUUCGUUCGUUGAGUUCCGUAUUUUGUAUGCAUCUUGUAGAGGGUCCUCUGAUAGACCACAUGUCUGUACAAAAAAGUACUACCAUAUGUUAUUUAUUAGUGUUCUGCAAAUGUGUAUUGUGUACCCGUGAUGUUUUGGUGGAUUAAAUAAAACUUCUUCAUUCCCUCUAA